AUUCACUAUGCUUCCGCUUCCCCCGAAAAUACGUCAUGAAUAAUCAGUCUGCAGCUUAAAUGGACAAAAACCUUGAUUUGUCUUUAAGCUAGUAUAGUAAAAUAUGCUACAACACAUUCUGAAAUCAUUUUUGAUCUGAGAAAUGCAAAUUUAUAUUUCAACAAUUAUAUUUAGUGAAGAAAUAUAAUUUAAAACUCAUUCGGCUAUUCUACAAUAGUAAAAAACUGCCAAUCGUGCAACAUGGAAUUAGCACAAAGUUUGCUAUUGAACGAAGACGCCUACAAGAAAGUAGCAGAAGCUAAGCGACCAGUAUUUAUUUAUGAAUGGUUAAGAUUUUUGGAUAAAGUUCUGGUUGCCGCCCAGAAGUCUGAUAUUAAGGAAAGUCAGAAGAAGUUGAUUUCUCAAUUAACUGAGCAAUUACAAGAACGUCCUGGCCCUCCCACAAGGCAGUUGCUGGCCAAAUGUCUUGCGACAUUGUUUAGCGUGGGAGAUACAUUUUCUUUAUUUGAAACUAUUAACAAAUGCAAUGAUAUCAUUAAAAGCAAAGACGACUCCCCAAGUUUUUUACCUACAAAGAUGGCUGCUAUAUCUUGUAUCGGUGAAAUAUAUGAAAGGCUUGGUCGUAUGGUUGGCCGAUCAUAUGAAGAUACGGUUCAGAUACUCAUUAGAGCUUUGAAAAAUGCCGAAUCUCAAGGUAGAAGUGAAAUAAUGAUAACAAUAGGAAAAGUUGUAGCAAGCCUUGGUGAUGCCGCAAAAAAUUGUCAUAAAGAUAUAUAUAAAGCCGCUAAAAGUUGUAUGACGGAUCGAUCAAUGUCAGUUCGAUGCAGUGCUGCAAAAUGUAUGUUCGAGCUUGUACAUGAAUCGACAUUUGUCGCAACUACUGAAUUAGAUAAUGUAGUUUCUCUUUGUAUAAGAGCACUUGACGGUUCGAAUUAUGAUGUUAGAUGCGACGUUUCUCGUCUUCUUGCCCAUUUACUUGCUCAUGCUCUAACACCGAAAACACCACAGCAAUCAACCAAAUCCAAACAACUGACAUUAAGUGACGCUUUAGGCAUAUUAGCCAAUGGGUUUUUGAAGGGUGGCACUAGCUUCCUUAAAAGUAGCUCGGCAGGGGAAAUAAUUAAAGGAAGUUCUAACGUAAAUAGAGAAGUACGAGUUGGGAUUACUCAUGCCUAUGCAAAUUUCAUAACUGAAAUGGGUGGACCUUGGUUUGAGAGGAAUAUGAGAGAAGUGAUUGAUCAUGUUUUACAAUUAGUUUGUCAACCAAAAGCAUGUCCUAGUCAUGUUGAUGCAGUUUAUGCCAGAAAAUGCGUUCUUUUCAUCCUACGAACAGUUAUCGGUGGUACUUUAGGAGAAAAAGCUCAGAUAGCUGCUGCGAAAGAAAUUUGCACUAUAGUAGUAAAGCAUAUGAAUUACAUUGAUGCAUCAAGCGAAAACUCUCAAAGUAAUAGCGAAUCAAACUUACAACACCAUGUUAUAGUAUGCUCUCUUCACGAAUUAUCUUGUUUGGUUCAAAGUUUAGGAACAUCAGCCUCUCCAUUAGUAUCUGAACCUUCUUCGGGCGUCCUGGAACCAGUUAUUAGUGUUUUAAUACAUCCUUCGUCGGCAGCUGCUAGAUAUGCAGCUGCUUGGUGUCUUAGUAGCAUUGCUGUCGCCCUUCCGUCCCAUAUGACCAUGCUGAUUGAUCGGUGUACAAAUAGAAUGCACCACUUAAAAACUUCUCCAGAAGCGAUAUCUGGCUAUAGCGCAGCUUUAGCAGCACUUUUGGGAGGAGUAAGACAUACUGCUCUUGGAAUACCUCAUGCACGAGGAAAAAAAAUAUUUGCUAUGGCCGAAGAAUUACUUCGAACUGCAACACAAACAAGCCGAUUGACACUUCAAAGAAUUCAAUCGGGUUGGAUACUUAUAUCAGCCUUAAAUACUCUUGGUUCUAGUGUUGUUAAAAAACAUCUUCCGAAAAUGCUUCUCUUGUGGAGGAAUGCUUUUCCUCGAUCAAGCAAAGAACUAGAAGCUGAGAAGGGUAGAGGUGACCCUUUUACUUGGCAAGUUACCCUGGAGGGGCGAGCUGGUGCUCUAGGAGCAAUGCAUAGCUUCUUCACUCACUGUAAAGAGUUAGCUACACAAGACGUCAUUCGAAGAUUAUUACCACCAUUAGAAUGUGCUCUUUCCCUUUCCGGACAUUUACCAAAUGUUGUCAAAUCUUUCGGAACACAUUUAAAAGCAAGUGCUGCAUUAUUAAGACAGCGUUUAUAUGAUGUUUUAGCUUUGAUAUCCCCAGAGUGUUACGAAGGUGCAUUUAGUGGACUUUUGAGGGAAUUAGUAGCUGAAUUCACUUUAACUGAUAAUGCCGCUAAUACAACGACCUCAUUACUUAGAUCUCUCUGUCACGUAGACGAUAGUGUGAUUUUGGGUUCUUGGUUACAGGAAACCGAUCAUAAAGCAAUAGAAGAUCAACUACAACCAAAUAGCGCUUCCGGAUCUGGGGCACUAGAGCACGACGCGGCCUCCCUAUAUAUGAAUUCACCCUCAGCUGAUUCUGUUCCAGGCCCUCUUCCGUUAGGUGUAUCUGUAAUCGAUUCCUCAGUAAGAUUAUACGGACUUGUUUUCCCUCGAGUUGCUCACAAACACCGACUACAAAUGUUAGAGCAUUUUAAUGAAUGUAUACGAUCAGCUAAAUCAUCCAGGCAGCAAGCUGUACAGAUUAAUAUAUUCACUGCUGUUCUCUGUGCUCUAAGGUCUUUAGCCGAAACAAAAACAGGGUUUGCUCAAAUAGAAGUAAGAAAAGCAGCUGUAAAUCUUGUUUUAGGAGCCUUAAAUUCUUCAAAUCCAACUUUGAGAUGUGCUGGUGGAGAAGCUCUUGGUCGAAUGGCUCAAGUAGUUGGAGAUAACCGAUUUAUUGCUGAAAUGGCUCAGUACAGCUUCGACAAAUUAAAGUCAGCUAGAGACGUUGUUGCCCGCACUGGUCAUUCAUUGGCCUUAGGCUGCCUACAUCGAUAUGUUGGAGGAAUGGGCUCGGGACAACAUUUAUCAACUUCAAUAUCCAUUUUGCUAGCCUUAGCGAAAGAUUCGUCAUCUCCUGUGGUACAAGUUUGGGCUUUACACGCAUUAAGUAUGGUUGCUGACUGUGGUGGUCCAAUGUUUAGAGGUUACGUUGAGCCUAGUCUGAGUUUAAUACUACAGCUCUUACUUUUAGUCCCUGAAAGUCAUGUGGAUGUUCAUCAAUGUCUUGGAAAGUGCUUAGCAGCUUUAGUAACAGCAAUAGGUCCUGAAUUACAAGGCACUUCAAGUUCAAUUACAACUGCACGACUGUCUUGCCUUGUUUGUUGUGCAAUUAUGCAAAACCAUCCUGAUGCCUUGGUAAAAGCAGAGGCUAUUGCCUGCUUACAGCAAUUACACAUGUUUGCUCCUAGACAUGUAAAUCUUACAAGCUUAGUACCUCAUCUUUGUGAAACAUUAAGUUCAUCUCAUCUAUUACUACGACGAGCUGCAGUAGCUUGUUUAAGACAGUUAGUGCAGCGAGAGGCCCGUGAAGUGGCGGAACAUGCACUGAAUAUGUCAAACGAUAGUAAAGAAAAAGCUAAUAUGACAGAAAACGGGUUAGAAGGCGCUCUUUUUGCCCUACUAGACUCCGAAACUGACCUAAAGCUUUGUUCUGAUGUCCAAGAUACUUUAAUUAGUAUGCUACAAUGUCUCGCUAACGAACAUCUCAAUCGAUGGCUCCGACUCAUAAAGGAUGUUUUGCAAGCUUCCUCAAUUAGCUCUGAGAAAAAUUCUCCUCUAGACAGUUUAUCAAAAGAGGAUAAAGAUGAUACUGAAGAAGUCGAAGGAUUUCAAAUUGCAUCUUCCGAUUCAUCACCCAAAAAAAGUGUUUCUCCUCGUUGGCCAACAAGAGUAUUUGCACUGGAAUGCCUACUCAAAAUUAUUUCCGCUUGCGAAAACAAAGAAAAUCACUUUGAUUUACAAAAAGCCAGGAUAUUGUCAUCACAGGGUAAAGGAGAUUUUUUGGUGCUACAUUUGCCUGAAUUGAUUAAGAUGGCUUUUAUAGCUGCAACUUCAGAUUCAGAUAAAUUACGACUAGCUGGCCUGAAGGCGCUUGAACAAAUUAUCAUUUUCUUCGCUCAUGUUCCUGAACCGGAGUUUGAAGGACACGUUAUAUUAGAACAAUAUCAAGCGCAAGUGGGAGCUGCAUUACGACCAGCUUUCUCUCCCGAUACAGCCCCACACGUCACAGCUGCUGCAUGCGAGGUUUGCAGCCGAUGGAUAGGCUCUGGAGUUGCUAGAGAUUUAAAUGAUUUAAGGAGAGUUCACCAACUGCUAGCCUCCUCAUUAGCCAAGUUGAAGCAGGGUAAGGAUCAAACGCCCUUAUUUAGUGAAAGUGCUACAACAAUGGAGCAGCUAGCAGUGUUACACGCCUGGGCCGAAGUAUAUAUUGAAGCUAUGAAACAGGAAAAAUCGAAGAAUCCCAAUGAAUCAGAGGAUGAGUGUCCAGGAGGUGAAAGUUUACUUAGUCUAGUUCAGCCAGAAAUGUCUACAUUAAGUGAACAUUGGUUGAAUGCUUUAAAAGACUAUGCACUUUUAUCAUUACCUGCUGAAUGUUCUUCUCAAUUGCCCUCUGAGGGUGGUGCCUUUUAUAAAGCAGAUACAAUGGACGGAUCUAAAGUACAUUAUAAAAAAGCAUGGCCGCCUAUCUUAUAUGCGGUGUCUUUAUGGCUACAUGAUUGUGGCUUUACGACACCUACAAAAAGAGACGAUAGUCAACCGGCUAAUAUGAAAUCAGAAGAUCCGGACGGUGAUCGUCUUCAUCUGCUUAUAGGUAUAUGUAUGGAGGCUUUAUGCAGCCCUACCUCAAUCCAACCUGAACAAACAGUAGAAUAUUGCUUACGGACAAUGUACACACUUUUGGAUGAUCCAUGGCCUAGAUCAAGAAUUGGAGCGAAAUCUAAAUUAUCAAUAGAAAUUCUUAAUGUUAUGCAUAGACUACUUUUGACUAGAGAGAGCGAAUCGUGUUUUGUUCUGGUUAUUCAGGUUGUUAAACAGGUUGUUAAAGCUGCUAUCGAACACACUGAACAAGAGAGGGCUGCGUGGAAAGAACAACACCCUGAUCCUGAAACUCCACCCAGAAACCAGCCAGAAGUAACUCAGUCAGCACAGAUUGAUGAACCGGGUGAGGGAGGUAGUACAGGUGACAUUUAUCCAGCACAAUCUGUCAUUUUCGCCACUCUUGAAACAUGCUUAUGUGUAUUUAUGCGCUAUGUCCCAGAUAUCAAUCCUUCUAGUACAACAAACAUUAUGAGACAUUUAGCUGGAGUAAGAAAAGGUGUUUACUCUCAAGAUGCUUGUAAAAUUAUGAGUGAUGCCUUGUCAAUCAUGUCGGAUAUGCCUCAACUUUGCUCACCUAAAGGAACAACAUCUGUUUUACCAACUUUGAUUUUCUUAACUCUAUCAGUAAUGCGAGAGUUAGCUCCUAGAAAUGGAGCCGAGCCAGUUUGGAGUGUAUCCUCUGCCUUACAUACAUUAAAAUCUAUGUGCGCCAGUUCCUAUGCUAAACGUUUGGAUGAUAUUGGUACUAGAUGGAGACUCCUCCUGCAAAGUGCUCUUUAUACUCUUUUACAAGAUUACGAACCGAGUCAAGAUAAACCAGGAAUGCAUUACGGCACAGCUCUCUUGGCUAUGACUGUAUUCCUAAUGAGCUGUGGGCGAGAUACCCUGAAUAUUGAUGUAAUACAAGAAAAGGCUGUCAAAGUAUUUAAAGAGGCUUGGGCAACCAACGAUAACCGUACUCGAUUACAGUCAAUUCAAGCCGCAACUUCAAUAUUCCAGCAUCCAGACCGACAAGUUGCUAUUUUCUUUAUUCAUUCUAUCUCGCCACCAGUUAUUGAAAGCCUAUUGCAAGCAUCUUCUAAUCGAGAGCAAAUUCAAAUUGAUCCAGAGCUGAUAUUUGAAAGUAUCCGCCUGGUUGAAACUCUGAUAGCUUUAACGGAGGACGAAAACAGAAUUCACCUAGUCUCUGUUUUAGUACCAGUGCUAGUUGCCCUUCUGAUUGAUACAGAUCGAUUAAGUAGCGCAGAUAAAUCUAGACGAAAAAUUCACGAUUAUGCGAUUCAGAGAUUGAUGGCUGUAGGUCCUAAAUACUCUACUCACUUUCGAAAAGUAAUGCAGAAGACACCGCAACUAAAAGUUCGUUUAGAAGAGGCUAUUAAAGCCCAAAGUACUGCUAACCAAUCAAGUCACCUUAAGCAAUCAUCUAACGACAGUCAACAAAACAUGCUUGCUCAGCCGGCAAGACCAACGAUUCAACUAAAGCAAUUCGGUAGUGGAUUCGCUAGCAAAUCUUGA